AUGGAGGGUAAACCAUCUGAAGAUGAUGCAGCCCUUUUAGAACGCUUAAAUGCUCUGAAGCCAUCUACUGUCCAACUGGGACAAACAACCCUAUCGGACAUAGAUGUGGACGAACCAGUCGAUGGCUUGUCUGCACGAUUCAUGAGACUUGAUACAUCCGUUUCGCUUGGGACAUCUGAGCUCCGGCAAGGCAAUCUGGAUCCCUUUAUCAACUCCGGGGAUGAGAUAGAAAAUUUACUUUCGGACCUUCAAAACAAGAUUUGGGAAAAAUCUCAGGAGCUAGACAACGAAGACGAUGUUGUCAAUUUACUCAAGAAAACCAAAGAAGUCAUGAAUUCUUCUUCCCAAUAUCAAGACUUAAGAGGUACUCAUGAAUGUCCACCACAGUCAGGGCCCUCCAAAAAAAGCGACAGCUGCCAUAAUUCGGAAGAUAAAGACGCAGAUGAUUGUCUCCAAAGGAUUCUUGAUGAACUGGGCGUGGAGGACCACCAACAAGCAGAGACAGAAAAGCAAUCCGGUUGCGCUGCUAAGGAAAAUUCAAUGACUGGGCUAGAAACAGCGCCAACGAACCACUCCGCGUUAGAUACGGAACCAAUAACAGAGACACCCGUCUCCCUACAAUCACUCCUAAAUCUUCCUUCAACUCCAUCAGCACUGCCGCCCCCGCCACCUCAAGAACCCCGGCCCAUAGCCGAUUCCAGCUGUCCAACCCUGCCCUCCGCCCCUAUAUUCACGCCUGCCGAUAACCCUAUCCAUAUCACCAACAGCCAGCGCGGCAGGCACUGGAAGGACAUCAAUGAUAACCUGAAGCCAUUUUGGUGUUGUAUUUGCAGCGAUGAUGCGAGCAUAAAAUGCGUUGAUUGUGAGUCGGAGUUGUUGUAUUGUUCCCGUUGUUGGCGAGAAGUGCACAUGGAAGAAGGAGAUGCAGAGGAGAGAGCUCACCGGGUGGAAAAGUUUGAGAGGGAUAAAUCCUGA